AAGGAAGAAAGAAAAGCGUUUUCGAGAUGACGCACGAAUUUGUGCACGUUAUUUGCAGCUUUUUUGUGAUCCUGGCAGCAGUUUAUUCCGUGACAUCCAAAGGAAUCAGCUUCCCGCACCAACGAGAUGCCAUUGCCCUGGGCGUGGCCUGCGUGAAUCCCGACAAGACCAGAGGCACUUGCGAGGCGUACAACGAGUGUGCCAGCUUCUCCAUCCGGUCCUACAUCCGCGGGGAGACCGGGGUUUGCGGAUUCAUGCCCAACGGGGACCCCGCCGUGUGCUGUCAAAUCAUUUCCAACACCAGGCGACCCGAGGACAUCCUAGUCAAUCCUGGCAACACCAACACCAACAACAAGCGACCAUCAGCACCACCACAGCCACAACCAUCAUCACCGAGUGGCAGCAGCACCCAGCAGCAGCAACCCCCGACCAUCGUCAUCCCCGGAAUAAAUGUCAACUUUGAUCCGGAUCUCGGUGACUUGGCCAGGAUACGCAACAGAUUUCCUCCGUCGUGAUUAGAAUCGUUAUUUGGAAGCAUUCGUUUUCAUUGUUCCUCUUGUUUGAUUAUAUAUACCACACCGUAUAUAUGUACCGAUAAAUGAACGUCGUUUUGAAUCAAAAAUUAA